AUGUGGGUAAUCAAGGAUGAUGGUGCAUCAUGGGAUGGAGCGUAUUAUCGUCGGUCUAUUCUGACAGAUAAUGUCAUUCCAUUUCUUUCUGAUCCCAAAAAUGUAUUAGAUCCGUCAGAGGUAGUUUAUCUUCAUGACAAUGCUUCGUGUCACAAAGCAAACGCCACUCAAGCAUUACUCAAAGAUUCCGGAGUUGAUUUCUUUGACCGGACACAAUGGCCAGGAAAUUCUCCCGAUCUAAACGUAGCAGAAGAUGUUGGAUCAAUCCUCAUGGAUAAGGUGGAAAGCUUGAUGAUCGAGGAGCACGAUGCUAAUCAAAAUUCUAAAGUGGUUCUGCUUCAACAUCUUCAAAAUGUUCUUCAUGAGCUUGAAAAUGAAACAGAACUUUUCGAGAAUCUAUUGAAAUCGUAUCCUCGACGAUUAAAAGCUGUACGUGAAGCCAAUGG